AUGUCGAGAAGCAAGGCCCGCGAGCUUGCAGCCAUGCUAGCAGAUUCCUCUUCACUGGGGAGCCGUGAUCGCCGCUUGCCAAGCCUACCUCGGUGCACAUCAGCGUUGAGGCAGAUGGCUGGAGCACGUGAAUGGCAGAAUGCUACAGCCUUGCUGGAGGAGAUGUGGCGCCAGGGCCCGUGGCCGGACGCAACCUGCUUAAAUGCGGGGAUUGGGGCCUGCGCCAGAGCUGCAGCGUGGCAAGCAGCCUUGUCAUUGCUGGAAGUGAUGCCCACUGCAGGCCUUGAAAGAAACUACAUUAGCUUCAAUGCUACGAUCACAGCCUGUGCGCGUGCUCGUCAUUGGGAGGUGAGCCUCCAGCUACUAAAUGCCAUGGAAGAAAACCAGAUCGCAUCAAGCCCUGCAACCUUGGGUGCCGCUGUGUCGGCCUGUGAGCGCGGUUCUCACUGGCCUGGCGCAUUGCAUUUGCUGGAUGAGGGCUGGCAAAAGGGGCCCGAGCCCAAUGUGUUGGCCUUGAGCGCAGCUAUGAAUGCAUGCGGACAGGGGCAAAGAUGGGAUUUGAGCCUUCAUCUUCUUCAUGAAGCGGCUGAGCGGAGCGUUGAAAUUGAUGGAAUCACCUUCAAUUGUGCCUUGGGAGCUUGUGCUCGGGCACGAAGGUGGGAAGAGGCCUUGGUGCUCCUGUCUGAUAUGGAAAGCCUCAAGCUAGCGCCCGAUGAAGUUACUCACAAGAUGGUGAACACCGCCGUUCUGGACCUAGGUGUCUCUGCCUCUGAGUUGCUCUCUGGCGAGGACAAAGCGCGAUUGUCAAGGCAGCCUUCCGCCGACAGAGCAGCUUUGGAUGGUAGGGUUUAUGGUCACUUGCCCAUCCUUUGUGACGAGGUGGUGCAGGCUCUCCAGCCGGACACCUACCGGAAGCCCAUUUUUGUGGAUGCAACGUUUGGUCGGGGUGGACAUUCCAGGAGGUUGCUGGAAGUGCCAGAGGCCACAGUUUUUGCGUUGGACCUGGACCCUAGCGCUGUGUCAGAGGCAAGGCGCCUUGCUUCUAUCGAGCCGCGCCUGAUGCCUGUGCAUGCUGCCUUUGGUGAUCUCAUCCAGGUGCUCCCUCCUGCGACGGAGCUGCAAGGUCUAUUAGCUGAUUUGGGUGUAUCUUCCCCACAGCUGGAUCAAAAGCAUCGUGGCUUCUCGCCUAUUGAAGAUGGGCCUUUGGACAUGCGCAUGAAUCCACGCAAGGGUAUCCCCGCUUCCGAAUGGCUGGACAACGUGACGCCGGAAGAACUGGCUUGGGUUCUCUGCAGCUAUGGAGAGGACCGGGACCCCUUUCUUGCAGCACGUUUAGCAGAGGCCAUUUGUGCCAAGCGUCCAUUGCAGCGAACCAUUGAACUGGCGGAGGUGGUUGCUGACGUGAAGGCGAAGACCGUGGGUAGCAGCCCUUUCCAGCAGCCAGCGAGGCUGGUCUUUCAGGCGAUCCGCUCACACCUCAAUCAGGAGCUGCAAGAGUUGGAGAAGCUACUAGGUGCCGCCUUCCAAUUGCUGAUGCCUGGGGGGCGCGCAGUGAUCGUGUGCUUUAAGGGUGCUGAGGUAGCUGCAGUGAGGAGUUGGUUGCGACAGAAUGAGGACUGCAAGGCAGAGGUGGCAGAAGGUUUGCCGGAGGACCGGCUUGUUGCCCUCUACCCGUUGCUGCAGCGCAGCUUUCAGGAGCAGCCUUGGUGCGUGCGAGAGGUGCAGGACCCACUCAAACCUUCGGCUGCAGAGGUUCAGGCCAACACUCGAGCACGCUCAGCGCGAGCGCUCGUUCUUGAGAAGCGAUGCCGUGAGUGGGGCAAAAGGAUGAAACACGCGUCAGUCAGAUGA